AGCGGCCGGAGCUGCUUGGGGUGUAGUGGGCGGACCGCGCUGUUGGAGGUGUGAGGAUCUGAGCCCGGGGUGGGGGGGCGGAGGCGGCUCCUGCGAUCAAAAGGGACGAGAGGCUCACCUGCCGUGCGCCAUGAGGGCCCUGUGGGUGCUGGGCCUGUGCUGCGUCCUGCUGACCUUCGGGUCGGUCAGAGCUGACGAUGAGGUCGAUCUGGAUGGUACCGUGGAAGAGGACCUGGGUAAAAGCCGAGAAGGCUCACGGACAGACGAUGAAGUAGUACAGAGGGAGGAAGAAGCCAUACAGUUGGAUGGAUUAAAUGCAUCACAAAUACGAGAACUUAGAGAGAAAUCUGAAAAGUUUGCCUUCCAAGCUGAAGUUAACAGGAUGAUGAAACUCAUCAUCAAUUCACUAUAUAAAAACAAAGAGAUUUUCCUGCGAGAGCUGAUUUCAAAUGCUUCCGAUGCCCUUGAUAAGAUAAGGCUGAUAUCGCUAACUGAUGAGAAUGCACUUUCUGGAAAUGAAGAACUAACAGUCAAAAUUAAGUGUGACAAAGAGAAAAACCUGCUGCACGUCACGGACACCGGGGUAGGAAUGACCAGAGAGGAGUUGGUGAAAAACCUUGGUACCAUAGCCAAAUCGGGGACAAGCGAGUUCUUGAAUAAAAUGACUGAGGCCCAGGAAGAUGGCCAGUCAACCUCCGAGCUGAUCGGCCAGUUUGGCGUCGGCUUCUAUUCCGCCUUCCUCGUGGCCGACAAGGUCAUCGUCACAUCGAAACACAACAACGACACCCAGCACAUCUGGGAAUCGGACUCCAAUGAAUUUUCAGUAAUUGCUGACCCGAGAGGCAACACCCUGGGACGGGGAACAACAAUUACCCUCGUCUUGAAAGAAGAAGCGUCUGAUUACCUCGAAUUGGAUACAGUUAAAAACCUUGUCAAAAAGUAUUCCCAGUUCAUCAAUUUCCCCAUCUAUGUAUGGAGCAGCAAGACCGAAACUGUCGAGGAGCCCCUAGAAGAAGAGGAAGCAGCGAAAGAAGAGAAAGAGGAAUCAGAUGAUGAAGCCGCUGUAGAGGAGGAGGAAGAAGAAAAGAAGCCCAAGACGAAGAAAGUUGAAAAAACUGUGUGGGAUUGGGAGCUUAUGAAUGAUAUCAAACCAAUAUGGCAGAGACCAUCAAAAGAAGUAGAAGAAGAUGAAUACAAAGCUUUCUACAAAUCAUUUUCAAAGGAAAACGACGACCCCAUGGCUCACAUCCACUUCACUGCCGAGGGCGAGGUGACCUUCAAGUCCAUCCUGUUUGUCCCCACGUCUGCCCCACGUGGCCUCUUUGAUGAGUACGGGUCUAAGAAGAGCGAUUACAUCAAGCUGUACGUGCGCCGAGUGUUCAUCACGGACGACUUCCACGAUAUGAUGCCCAAGUACCUGAACUUCGUCAAGGGAGUCGUAGACUCGGACGACCUCCCUCUGAACGUGUCUCGCGAGACUCUGCAGCAGCACAAGCUGCUCAAGGUGAUUAGGAAGAAGCUAGUCCGUAAAACCCUGGACAUGAUCAAGAAGAUUGCUGAUGAGAAAUACAAUGACACUUUUUGGAAAGAAUUCGGUACCAACAUCAAGCUUGGUGUGAUUGAAGACCACUCGAAUCGCACUCGUCUCGCUAAACUUCUUCGGUUCCAGUCUUCUCAUCACCCAACUGACAUUACCAGUCUAGAUCAGUAUGUGGAAAGAAUGAAGGAGAAACAGGAUAAAAUCUACUUCAUGGCCGGAUCCAGCCGGAAAGAGGCUGAAUCUUCUCCAUUUGUUGAGCGGCUUCUGAAGAAGGGCUAUGAGGUUAUUUACCUCACGGAGCCUGUGGACGAGUAUUGCAUCCAGGCUCUUCCCGAGUUUGAUGGGAAGAGGUUUCAGAAUGUCGCCAAGGAAGGAGUGAAGUUUGAUGAAAGCGAGAAAACCAAGGAGAGUCGGGAAGCAACCGAGAAGGAAUUUGAGCCUCUGCUCAACUGGAUGAAAGACAAGGCCCUGAAGGACAAGAUUGAAAAGGCCGUGGUGUCGCAGCGCCUGACAGAGUCUCCGUGCGCCCUGGUGGCCAGCCAGUACGGCUGGUCUGGUAACAUGGAGAGGAUCAUGAAGGCGCAAGCGUACCAGACGGGCAAGGACAUCUCCACAAACUACUACGCCAGCCAGAAGAAAACAUUCGAGAUUAACCCCCGGCACCCCCUGAUCAGAGACAUGCUCCGGCGCGUUAAGGAAGACGAAGAUGACAAGACUGUUAUGGAUCUGGCUGUGGUUCUGUUUGAAACGGCGACUCUUCGGUCAGGAUAUCUACUGCCUGACACAAAAGCCUACGGAGACAGAAUAGAAAGAAUGCUGCGCCUCAGUCUAAACAUCGACCCGGAAGCAAAGGUCGAAGAAGAACCAGAGGAAGAGGCGGAGGACACAGCAGAAGACACAGAGCAGGAGCAGGACACGGAGCAAGAUGAAGAGGAAGAAGUGGACCCGGGCACAGAAGACGAAGAGGAGGAGACGGUGAAGAAAUCUACAGCUGAAAAAGACGAAUUGUAAAUUACACUCU